UAACCCUAACCCUCUCUCUCUCUCUCUCUCAAUAAGAAUAGAGACCGAGAAACUUCAACCAUAUUUACUCUAUCUCUUUCUCUCUUUCAAACCUUUAUCUUCUUCUUCCAUGUCUGAAGAACCCAGGGAGAUUUUCUUCCAUGACCCAUUUUACGAUGAUCGGCACCGUAUUGGGGGCAAUGGAUUCUCCUUCUCUACUCAUAAUUCUUCUGUCUACGAUCACCAAGUGUCGUCGUUAAUGGCAAAUUCGGGGCAGCAGAGUCUGCAAGGAUUUGAUCCCUCCUACAUGAGCUUCACCGAGUGCUUGAAUGGAUCCGGGGACUAUAACAUGCUGGGGAGGGCAUUUGGGUUGUCAUCGCCAUCGCCCGAAAUGUUCUCCUCCGUCGAAGGCAAUAACAGGCUGGCAGAGGCCGGCGGAGAGCUCGGGGGUGGAGGAGGUACUGGCGCAGUCCCGGAAACUCCAAAUUCUUCUGUCUCAUCCUCAUCGAGCGAGGCAGGUGGGGAAGAAGAUUGUGGAAAGAACAGCAAGAGUGAGCAGCAGCAGCCCAAAGGGUCUGAAGAUGGAGGAGAGAGUUCUAAGAAAGUAAACAAACCGAAGAAAAAAGGGGAGAAAAAGCAGAGAGAGCCAAGGUUUGCUUUCAUGACCAAAAGUGAGGUGGAUCAUCUAGAAGAUGGAUAUAGAUGGAGGAAAUAUGGACAGAAGGCUGUCAAGAACAGCCCUUAUCCAAGGAGCUACUACAGGUGCACAACCCAGAAGUGCACCGUGAAGAAGAGGGUGGAGAGGUCGUUCCAGGACCCGUCUAUCGUGAUCACGACCUAUGAAGGCCAGCACAACCACCAAAUUCCGCCGGCCCUCAGGGGGAAUGCCGGAGCCGGAAUGUUGCAGCCUCCGAUGCUGACUCCAGCAGCCAUGGCAGGGCACGCCUUCCCUCAAGAGCUGUUCGGCCCCAUACCGACCUUGAGCAACCACCAUGGUGGCGGCGGCGGAGGCAUGGGCUCCAUCCACCACCACCACCACCACCCACAGAACGCCUUCCCCGCUUUCCAUCACCACCAGCAGUUUCAACUCCCAGACUAUGGCCUACUGCAGGAUGCCGUCCCCUCCUUUAUCCUUAAACAACAGCCCUAAUACUAGGGCACCUACAACCCACCUUGCUAGGGCAACCUGCCCUUAAUUUCGAUCCCCUCUCUCUCUCUCUCUCUCUCUCUCUCUCUCUCUCUCAUUGUACAGGACUUAAUUAGUUACUUGUUUUAUUGUACUAAUAUUGCCAAAACCUAGUUGGAGAAAGUCGACCCCAUGGAUUCACGAGACGAGUUGUUUGUUUUCCGGCGCCGUUUUAAAUCAAAUGUGUACUUAAUAGAUAAAUAGUGCAUGCGGGGAAAAGGAGCACGCAAUGAGAGAAGAAUUAAAAUUAAGAAGCGAUCUGUCGCUACCUGCGGGCUAGCCAGCUUCUUUUUUCGUUUUUUUUUUUUCUUUUUUUUCCUUUUUGUUUUCUUUCAAUUAUAAUUAAUGAAUACUACUGGUUGAGCUCUUCUGUUCUGAA